UAAGCGCUGGCUGAGCGUCGGUUGUAGCACUCUGCGCGUCUGCUCUUCCGCUCUUCGUUUCGUCUUACUUCCCGCGCCGCCGCCAUGAGGGAGAUCGUGCACCUGCAGGCCGGGCAGUGCGGCAACCAGAUCGGCGCCAAGUUCUGGGAGGUGAUCAGCGACGAGCAUGGCAUCGAUCCUACCGGCACGUACCACGGGGACAGCGAUCUGCAGUUGGAGCGCAUCAACGUGUACUACAAUGAGGCCACCGGUGGCAAGUACGUGCCCCGCGCUGUGCUCGUGGACCUGGAGCCUGGCACCAUGGACUCGGUGCGCUCGGGCCCCUUUGGGCAGAUCUUCAGACCAGACAACUUCGUUUUCGGUCAGAGUGGUGCUGGGAACAACUGGGCCAAGGGGCACUACACAGAAGGCGCGGAGCUGGUCGACUCUGUGCUGGAUGUUGUGAGGAAGGAGGCAGAGAGCUGUGACUGCCUGCAGGGUUUCCAGCUGACCCACUCCCUGGGUGGGGGGACUGGGUCUGGGAUGGGGACCCUCCUCAUCAGCAAGAUCCGGGAAGAGUACCCAGACAGGAUUAUGAACACGUUCAGUGUGGUGCCCUCCCCCAAAGUGUCGGACACAGUGGUCGAGCCCUACAAUGCCACUCUCUCAGUCCACCAGCUUGUAGAAAACACAGACGAAACCUAUUGUAUUGAUAAUGAAGCCCUCUAUGACAUUUGCUUCAGAACCCUAAAGCUGACCACACCUACCUAUGGUGACCUUAACCACCUGGUGUCUGCCACCAUGAGUGGGGUCACCACCUGCCUGCGCUUCCCAGGCCAGCUCAAUGCUGACCUUAGGAAGCUGGCUGUGAACAUGGUGCCCUUCCCCCGCCUGCACUUUUUCAUGCCCGGCUUCGCCCCCCUGACCAGCAGAGGCAGCCAGCAGUAUCGGGCCCUGACGGUACCUGAGCUCACCCAGCAGAUGUUUGAUGCCAAGAACAUGAUGGCCGCCUGUGACCCCCGCCAUGGCCGCUACCUAACGGUGGCUGCUGUGUUCAGGGGCCGCAUGUCCAUGAAGGAGGUGGAUGAACAGAUGCUUAAUGUCCAGAACAAGAACAGCAGCUACUUUGUCGAGUGGAUCCCCAACAAUGUGAAAACAGCUGUCUGUGACAUUCCACCCCGGGGGCUAAAAAUGUCCGCCACCUUCAUCGGCAACAGCACAGCCAUCCAGGAGCUGUUCAAGCGCAUCUCGGAGCAGUUCACUGCCAUGUUCCGGCGCAAGGCUUUCCUGCACUGGUACACGGGUGAGGGCAUGGACGAGAUGGAGUUCACUGAAGCCGAGAGCAACAUGAACGACCUGGUGUCUGAGUACCAGCAGUACCAGGACGCCACAGCGGAGGAGGAGGGCGAGUUUGAGGAGGAGGCUGAGGAGGAGGUGGCCUAGAGUUGUCUGUGAAGCGUGGAAGCAGUGUGAACUCUUUAUUCAUUCAGCUGUUCUGCAGGCCAUAUCUCACUGUGCACUUGCUGUCCUCUGUCUAACGUCACAUGCUGUACAGACACCACCAUUAAAGCAUUUUCAGUGUG